ACAGUAAAAACUGACUUGCUUAAUACGAAUAAACGAGCUACCUGUGAAAUAUUCAAUAUUAGCCUACACUUUUGAAUGCACUCGCGUAACUACAAAUUACGUCUUAUUUUACGUGUGUGUAAAAGCAUGCAGGCGGAUUGCUAGCGCUGUUGCCUCAUCGCGCACUUGCUAGCGCUAGCUAGCAUAUCAAGGGACCCGACAAGCUAAUCUUUAAUGUUGGGUUGUUUUGUAUUACGUUAUAUAGGAAGCAAACUGGAAUAUGAAGCCGGGAAGUUUGGCAUCCAUGUUUCGUUCCAUCAAGUUAGUUUGCGAGCUGGAUAACAUCAGCUAGCUGUCCUAUCAAAUGUGCUUGUGCAUGGCUUCUGCUAGUCUAGCUAAAUACGAUAACGUUAGCUAGCCAGCUAGCUGGUUGUUUGAGAGAAAGUAACUUUAAAAUAUCCAGUGUGAAAACUAAAAGUUUGUCCAUUUCCUAAUAAGCUUUGAUUGCUAGCAAAUUGGACAUGCCAUGCAUGUGUAUCGCGAUUGUCAUGCUAGUCAGCAAUAGUUCAUACCAGUCUCACUUUCUAUUUGCAAAGUUGGCUAAUUAGUUGUUAACCUUGGUUGCUACAGUUUACAUACGUUGGGUACGUUGUUUACCUUAAUCGUGUAGUUAAUCUAGUCAUAGCUUGUUAACGUUACUUGUAUAGCCGAUUCGUUUUUAUUCACCAGAUUGUCAUCUUGCCAGCUGGACAUACCUACAUGUUUUUCUCAGAUCUUGGCAGAGCCAGCUACAAGGCCGCUUGACUGACUUGUUUGCUAGCCUGUUGUCGUAGGGUGGGUGGGUAGCAUUUGUAUGAAAGGUCAAUUUUAGCUUGGCUAUCCAAUUUCCUCUUAUGCUCGCCGUGUUAUCCGGCUAGUUAUGCUGUGCAGUACCAAGAAGUGGUUGCUAGUUGCAGUUAUUAACUGUUGAGCUAACCCAAGGCGCACAUUGCAUUUCUGGUUCAGCAUGAGUUAGCAAGCUAAUGUUAGCCGGGGAGCUUGCUUAUGCAUGAAAACAACACAUAUUGGUGCACAUAGCACAAUUCCUGCGUGGUGUCAAUUUCUUGCUCGUUCGCUAGGUAGUUAAAGCAUGGAGGCGAUCCUGAAUAGGCUUCGGGGACUGAGCGAUGACCAGCUCCGGGAGGAGGUCAUCGGGGCGGACAUCAAGUGCGGGCCGAUCACCGCCACCACCAGAGCCAUCUUCGAGCGCAAGCUGGCCCGCGCCAUCCUGAGCAGCGAGGGCGGCCCCUCGGAGACGGACGGCGGCGCGGAAAGUGCCGGAACCGUGGGAACCGCCACGGAGCAGGCCAAGCCCGCGGACACGUCGCCGGACGCCCCGGGCGCCGGGGAGGAGGCGGAAUUCGGCUACAGCAUGGGACUCAACCCUCCGGAGGAGGAGGCCUUGUUGGAGAAGCCCAGGACCCCUUGCCAAUUUGGCGCGGAGGAAGGGAACCCCCAGCUGGACGGGCGGACCCCCUCAAAGCCCCCCCAGGUGUCCCCGCCCGUUUUCUACGGGGUUUGUCCGGUGUGGGAGGACGUUCUGACCCGAAAUGACAGGGUCCAUGUGUAUUUGGAUAAGAAGGAGGCCCUGCAGGCCGUGAAGAUGAUGAAGGGGGCCAGAUUCAAGCCCUUCUCAAACCGAGAGGACGCCGAAAAAUUCGCCAAGGGGAUCUGCGAUUACUACCCCUCGCCAAGCAAGUCCGCGCCCUGCGUGUCUCCGGGGAAACCGGGCGUCGUGUUCUACAAGGAAGGCCCCUCCGUCCUGGAGGUGGAGACGAUCAACAGGGAGCGAGCCAACAGCUACAAGAGCCCCCGCACCCAGGACAUCACGGCCAAGCUGAGGAAGGCCGUGGAGAAGGGGGACGCGGCCACCUUCAGCGAGCUGGUGUGGAGCAACCCCCGCUACCUCAUCGGCUCCGGGGACAACCCCACUGUGGUGCAGGAGGGGUGUCGGUACAACGCCAUGCACGUGGCAGCCAAGGAGAACCAGCCGGGCAUCGCCCAGCUCCUGCUGGACACGCUGGAGAACCCCGAGUUCAUGCGGCUGAUGUACCCCGACGACCAGGACGGCAUGCUGCAGAAGCGCAUCCGCUACAUCGUGGACCUGUACCUCAACACCCCCGACAAAGCCGCAUUCGAGACCCCUCUCCACUUCGCCUGCAAGUUUGGAUGCCCGGAGGUGGUCAAUGUUCUGUGUUCGCAUCCGGAUACUGAUAAAAACUGCAAGAACAAGUACGACCAGACACCCUCGGAGGUGAUUUGUGAAAGAAAAAAUAAAACUCAAGAGGUGAAGCAGAAGAUCAUGGAAUAUAUGGAAGAUCGGUUUUACGUGCCCUUACUGAGGGCCACAGAUAACUCCUCCCAGGCCGUGAUUGGUGCUCCCUGGUCACCUGAGCCGUUGGAAGCAGCUUCCCAUUCGCUCCCCAGACUGACAGGAAGCCCCAAGGACCCGGUUAUGGCAGUGAGAGCUUUCGCUGGUCCGCUCAGCCCAUCCAAGGCAGAAGAGUUCCGCAGGGCGUGGAAGACGCCCCCUAGGGACCGGGCCGAGCAUUUCCACCACAUCCUGAAGUCUGACCCGGACCGUGGGGCGGAGAGAGUCGGCAGAGACUUGGCCCGUGAGCGCGGUCACCCCUGGGCGGAGUACUGGGACUUCCUGGGGGCCUUCGCUGACCUGUCCUCCUCCGAGGGCCUGCGGAGGCUGGAGGAGUACCUCAGCCGGAAGGACUUCAGCGAGCGAGCGCGGCAGGGGGCCGGGGAGAACGAGACCUGCAACAGGUUCAAAACUCCGUCCCCAGGCAAGCCCAAGAAGUUCUGCAACUCCAUCUCGGUGGGGGCCUUCCUGGACGAGGGCGACGACAUCAGCCUGGAGGAGAUGAAGAACCGGCAGAACGCGGCGCUCACCAGCAUCACGGCGGUGUGCGCCGCCAAGGACGGCCUGAAGGGGGCGGCGGGCGGGCUGGAGUUCCACAUCCUGCCCGUGUCGCGCGGCUCCGACCUCAUCGAGGCGGCCGCCGAGCGGGACCACCUGCUGGCCGAGAAGAGCCUCCUGGCGGCGGCGGGAAAGAACGGGCUCUGCUCCCCCGGCGACGGCGAGCGGACUCACAACGGCGAGCGGCCCCCCCGCGGCCCCUCCUGCUCCCCCUCCAGCCUCCUGUCGCCCGUCUCCAACCUGAUGGUGGAGUUCGAGCGCAUGUCCCUGCAGGACGCGGAAGAGCGCCCCCCGGUGGAGUGGAGGAGAGGCGGCGGCGGUGGCAGCAGCGGGGGCCUCGUCAGGCCCCACCGGGACGCCCGUGACCCGGACCCCCCGGACCUUCUCACGGGCGUGGCCCGCCUGUCGCUCGCCAAUGACGACGAAGAUGACGAUGACGAAGGCGCUGGAUUCGGGAAGGGGGCCGCGGAGCCGAGGGACGGAAGCUUCUGGAGAACGGGCGAGAGGAGCGAAGUGGACGGAGGGGUGGAGGAGAGGGCCAGCCUCAGCUCGGAGGAGUACCUGACCGGAGAGGAGGGUCUGGAGACCCCGAAACAGAGGACGGAGGCCCCGGAGAGGGGCUUCUGCGCUCGGUCCCGGUCCUGGGACCACGGGGGCAGGGAUCUGAGCAGCUCGGGGUCUUCUGGCUCCUCUUACAAAUCCAUGGAGAGCGCGCAAGUGGACUUUAUACUGCGGACUCUGCCGCAUGUCAAAAAAGGACUUUUCAUCGAAGGGGACUCCCCAACCAAGUUGGACAGAGAGGUCCUGUCAGCAAUAGAAGCCAUAGAGAUCGACCCACAGAAGUAUCCCAGCAUUCACCAGUGGAAGGGCACAGUCCAGACCUAUUCUUCCUCUGAAAUUGACGGCUGGCCCAGCCCGGCGGCGGGAAAAGGGCGGGCGAGGUUCCUGGCCUGCACACCCGGGUCGCCGGGGAGCAGCCUCCUCUCCGCCCCCUCCAGGUUCAGCCCCGCCCGGCACGCGACCCCGCCCGACUUCACCAGCCCCGGUCGCUACAGCCCGGCCAACGCCAGCUACAUCCAGCGCAUCCGCCUCAAGCACUUCACCGACCCCCCGCUUUAACCCCCCCCUUGUCCCCCACGCCCCCCUCCCUGUCCCCCUCGCCCCACCGGAAAAGACACAGCUCUGCCAACAGCUCAGUCCCGUCCCCCGUCCUCCCGCCCCUCCCCGUACUAUUCAAAUAUGCACAAGUGUCCCAAGGAAAUUGUUUUUCUUUGGUCAUGUGACAGCACCACUAUAACUUGCGUUCAGGAUUCUCAAUGCAAAGGGUCGUUCCGCCAUUUUAUGAUUUCUCUUCAGUAGGCUUCCUUUGCAUUGUUUGUAUGAGUGUGUGUGUGUGUAUGUAUGAGUGUAUGUAUGCAUGUCUGUAUUGCUGUAUGUAUGUGUGUGUGUGUACGAAUCAAUGUGUGUAGAUAUGUAUGAAUUAAUGUGUGUGUAUGAAUGAGUGAAUGUGGGCUUUAAAAAAAAAGAGUAAUUAUGUGACAAAAAUGUUUUGUUUUUUUUUGUUUUUUUUUUUAAAGUCAUACAGCUAAGAAGUCAUCCAGCUCCCCAAAAAAAUAUUUUAAAACUUGACACUCAACAAACCUCAGAAUGGAACCCUCUGGAAAGUAUGUAUGAACAGAAAAUAGGAAGCGGGUUUAAAGCUUAAAAAUGUAUUUUUUAGGAAUUAAGUUUUUUUUUGGUAUGUCACCAUUGGUAGCACAAAAAAAUCUUUCUUAGGACAGUAAAACCAACUGCCAGUUUGUUCCUGGGUCUUUUUCCUUUUUCCUUCUUCUGUUUAGGAACUGCCUUAAUUUUCUGACGCGAGGAUGCCAGCCUCCAGUCAGAAUUAGCCACCUGUACAGAACCACUGUCAGUUAACCGCCAGUCAUUCACCUUUGCAGCUUGUUAGCCAGAGAGAAAACAUUAUAUUGGGUUGUUCUUUUUUUUAAAACAUUUCAAUAAAUGUAUAUUUCUGUUUGUAGAUAUGUUUUUUUUUUUGUUUUCUGCUUUAUUUUUUAUUUUUUGUUCUGUCUCGGUACUGUGUGAGGCGUUGAGGUAAUCGACCCUGUUUCGGGACGAUUCAGGACGAGUUUUGACAUUUUAUUGCCAAACAACCUUGUCUCCCUCGGAGACUUUAACACAAUUAGCAAAGUCCUGUUGUCCGUAGGAUUAUCCACAGCAUAGCCACAAUUUCCUGCUUCUUGUCCGUUAAGAAGACUGAGAAAGAAGAAAAAAAACACUGUAUAUAGCAGAUUAUUUCAUGAGGUGAAAAAAAGAUGUUAACUAAUAUUUAAUGGCUAAAUGAAUGUGCGAGGACAAGGAAUUGCAGUAGUAUAAGUGGAUGUAUAAAGAUUACUGGCGUGCAAGUAGACUGUGCGGGAGUGGUAAGUGGAGAAAUUUUACUUUUACAGUUAGGCAUAGCGGUUUAACUGCAGGUACUGAAAAUCCAAUAGAAAGUAUGUGCACUGUGGAGUUCCAUUACGUGACACUGCGUCACUGUCAGAAUAGUGCAGAUUUGCCGUUUGAGUGUUGUGAAUCGGUUGGGGGUAGUGAAUCUGUUGGGGAUUGUGAAUGAUCUGUGGGUAGUGAAUCGGUUGGGAGUUGUAAAUUGGUUGCGAACUGUGAAUCUUUAGGGGGUAGCGAAUCGGUUGAGGGUUGUGAAUUGAUUGGGAAUUGUGAAUCUUUUGGGAGUAGUUGAAUCGGUUGGGAGUCGUGAAUCGGUUGGGGGCAGUGAAUCGUGAAUCGAGGUUGUGGGUCAGAUGAGGGGUGUGAAUCAAAUGAGACGUGAAUCACUUGGACUUUGUUUGAUGCCUGAAUGUGUCCUACAGCUGUGGAUUUUGUGGCAUAAUCUGUGAAUGGAGAGCACAACAUCCCAGACCAUUACAAGGACUGUAUUUCCCCAGCCAAGUCAACCUUGUGACCGCAAAUUGGCACAAUGGUUUUCCACCAACUUUUAUGAAUGUGGGAUUCCUUUGUUUUUACAAUACCUUUUUACAACAGUGUUGGGAAUACUUCUCAUUUCUUUAAUGUACAUAGUGUUUUUUUUUUUUUUUUUGCUGGAUGUCUGUUGUCCAGCAAACCCCAAAACGCUCUGCACCAUGGAUAUUGGGUUUGCCCCCCCCACCCCCCCCCACCCCGAACACUCGUCGUUCGCCAGAGCAGGAACAACGUUUCUGGGAUGGCUGCUUUGGUGGACACACAACAAAGAGCACAGCUGCACUACAAACACCAGCUUAGCAUCUUCAAAAAAAAAAAAAAAGUUUUCUUCAAUCACCUUAAGGCUCUAGUCCCAACAGUGAAAUGGCGAAGAUUACAAAUGCUCUGUAGCCACUGUGGAGGACGACCGUCGGGUCAUAAGAACGGAGCAUUGCCACUGCUGAAAUGCUCGUUACAAACUUUUACAAUGACGGCACCGACUAACAGUCGACUGGGAAAACCACUGCAGCGUCUGAAAUAAGCAGCCUCACCAGCCACCAUAUCCCAUCAUGCACACCAAGCACAUGGAAAGGUCAAAGUGUUAUGGGUAUAAUUUUAUGCAUCUCCUUUUUUUUUAGUUUUUUUUUAUAUGAGCCAUUGGUCAUUCUUGUUUGCGAGAAUUUGUCGACACCCUCCACUCUCAUGGGUUAGUGAAAGUCAAAACCCGCAUCUUGCUUCGUUUAGCUUUUUUAGUGCCUUUUAUAGAAUGACAAAUGUGUGGAAAAACCCCUCUUACCAGUGUAAAAAAAAAAAAAAAGAAAACGUGGCACUGACCUAACCCAACGUGUUCCAUUCGAUGUUUCUUUUCUCUUUUUUUUUCGGCUAAGUAGCCCAAUUUGAAUAAUCUAUAGUAGCAUUGGUAAAUGCAGUGUUUUUAAUACCUCCUAAAUAAGAUUGUACAAGUUUACAAUUAUAUAUAUAUAUAUUUACGUAUAUAUAUAUAUAAAAUCGUAAAUAAUGCCAGUCUUGCUACUUUUAUUUCAUGCGUUGUAGUAGCAACACUGUGGUACGUUGGAGUUGCUGUCAAGUGUUGAGUUCAGAUUCUUUUUCUCAUCGCGGCUUCCUCACUGCAUGCGUUUAUAAGCCCUACUUUAUUCCUGUAUAUGUCAAAGAAAGUAUUUGGUGUACUACUGAGCAGCAUAAUAAAUGAGUGCACACA